GUUGCUGCAUCAACGCCACUUCAACUUUCUUUCUCCAUACCUUAGCAGUUACAUGACCGGCAUCUUGACUCUUCAACUGCUGCUUCGUACUUCACCCUCACACGGCGAUAACCAAGACCGCAUCUCACAAUGUCUGAGCGAAAAGUCCUGCAGAAAUACUACCCCCCGGAUUUCGAUCCCAACGACAUCAGCCGCCGUCGGGGACCCAAACCCACAGGGCCGAGAAUCCAAACCGUCCGACUCAUGGCUCCCUUUUCCAUGAAAUGCCUGAGCUGCGGCGAAUACAUCUACAAGGGCCGCAAGUUCAACUCGCGCAAGGAGAUCCGACCGGACGAGAAAUACUUGGGCAUCCAGAUCCUCUUCUUCCACAUCAAGUGCACGCGAUGCAGCGCCGAAAUCACCUUUCGCACCGAUCCACGAAACACAGACUAUGCAAUGGUCAAGGGCGCCAUGCGCUCAUUUGAACCAUGGCGAAACAAGGAACUGGCUGAAGAGACGCUGGAGGAGAGGCUGGAUAGGCUGGAGCGGGAAGAGGCCGAAGCCGCGGGCGAGGAAGAGAAGAACGCCAUGGAAGACCUCGAGGCGAAGAACGCCGAUGCUCGACGCGAAAUGGCUGCAGCCGAUGCGCUGGACGAGAUUCGACAGAGAAAUGCGCGGAUACAUCGUUCGGAAAAGGAAGGUGUGGAUUUCGCAGACACCAUCAUUCGUUCUGGAGAUGAAGAGCGCGAGCGGCAAGAGAGAGAAGAUGCUGAGGCUGCCAAGAGAGCAUUUGCGGCAGCCGCUAAUCGGCUGAAAACUCUUGGCCCAGAGAACCCUGGCGUUGUGGAGGAAGUCGUUGAAGUUGCUGAAGUUUCCAUGCCGCCGCCGCCACCGCCGCCGUCAUUCAAGAGGGCUGUGAAGAAGAAGAAAGACCAUGCUGCUUUGCUCGGUAUCAAGAAGAAGCCCUCUUUAGUAUAGCGAAUAUUGCGAGAAGGGCGAGGGCGAGGGCGGGAGCAGUUGUUGAUUUGGAAUCCGAACUAUGAGAUAUGGAAUAGGUUCGGGAUCAUCCUGAAUUUUCUAUG